UUUUGACGUUUGACUUAACGAUAACCAUAUUUUUUCAAUACCAAAAUAUUAUAUAUUUUUGUUGUUUGUUGUUUAAAAGAUAUUAAAAAUUUAAAGAUGAUUUUCUUAUAAAAUUCGUUAAAGAUUCAAUAUGUAGAUAAGAUACCUUUAUGAAAUGUUUAUAACAACCUAUAAUAGGUAUGGAAAAUUAUUUAAUUUAAAAUGGAAGAAUUAAAUUCCAAUAAUUUGCCACACGAAACUAGAGAGUGUGAAGAAAAUAUUCAGAAUAAUCCAAUAGCGAAAGAUAAUAGAAAGGGCAAAACGAUUACUGGGUUUGCAAGGGAAAUUAUUAUAAAGGUAGCAGAAAUAUGCGACGAGGAAGCGAAAAAUAAUUAUUGCAAAUACCCGCUAACGGCUCCAACGAAGAGGGCCUCAAUAUAUACAGGCGUAUCUCAAAGAACCAUUCAAAGAAUAAGAAAUGAGAUUAACUCAGAUGAGUCUGUGGCGUAUAAAGGUAGUUCUGAUGAAGAAUCAUUGUACCAUACUAAAAAAAGAACAGGCAAAAAGGGACAAGUCAUUCCUCAUAGCGCCAGAAAUAUUAUAGCCAAAGUUAUUGAGGCUUGCGAUAAAGAGUUUAAGGAUGGCAAAUUUUUUGUGCCUCUACUAUCCAGGAGUAAAAGAACAGCUUUGUAUACAGGUGUGUCUCAAAGAACUGUUCAAAGAAUAAGACAAGAAGAUGAAAAAAGAAACAAGAUAGACCAAAACGAGAUACUAGCCACACCAGGAAAAAAACGAAAACGGACAACAUUCAAUGACAAAAUCGAUGAUUUCGAUUUUCAGUCAAUAAGAAGGCUUAUUGAUUAUCAAAUUUUGAUAGAGAGGGUUAAUUUAACUUGUACGGGACUUCACACAGCGCUGAAAGAGAAAAUAAAAUUUCCCUAUAGCGAGGAUACUUUGUAUAGGUUGUUACAUUUGAAGGGUUUUGAGUGGUAUAAAGGCUUGAAAGGUAAGAAAAUGUUAAUAGAAAAGCCGGAAAUUGUCAAGGAACGUUUGAACUACUUGCAACAGAUCAAAAAUCAUGAAAAAUCUGGAAAAUUCAUUAUAUAUCUGGACGAUAAGUGGAUUGGUGUGGAUCAGAUAGACGAAUACAUAAGUUGUAAUAAAAUUUUUGGUUGUGUCGGUGGAAUUUGUUGUUCUGGUAGACUGGUAAUAUUAAAUGAAUUUUCUGCUAUGGGAUUUGUUAGCAAGGCAAAAAAGUUAUAUAAACCUAAUACAGAUAAUUCAUUUUCAACACCUAAUGUUGAUAGAGUGGAACAAUGGUUGAAAGAAAAAUUCUUUCCAAGCAUUCCUUCAAAUAGUUUAAUCAUAAUGAGUUCAGACUCAAACCAUGAGAGACUCAAAGACAUCCCAAACGAAUACAGCACCAAACCUAACCUCAUAGAGUACCUUAAAAAGAAAAACUUACCAUAUAACUCACACCAGACUUGUUCAGAGUUACUCAGAAUCAUUAAAAAUCAUUUGGAAACAUCACCAGCCAGACAGAGACACAUAGAUGUAAUUAUAGAGCGUUAUGGUCAUGCUGUAUUGAGAUUACCACUGUACAUGUCGGAAUUUAGCCCUAUUGAGCUCGCUUGGGCUGAUAUAAAGCGUUUUGUGAGAGAUAAACAGUCUUCUUCAGGUUAUUCAGGGUUAAAAUCGGUGCAAGAAGUCACUCUGCAAGCUGUUGAGUCGUUUCAAGCUGAAACAUUGCAAGGAUAUGUCGAUCACGUGAUACAAAUAGAGGAUUAUUUUUGUGAGCGACGGAAUUUGAUGCUGGAACAUUAUAAUGUUAGUGAUAUGACCCCAAAAGUGAAUUAUGAGACUGAGAUAAAAACUGUAAACCUUCCUGUUAGUUCUGGUGAUAAUUAUGAUAUUGGUUUGAAUAAAAUAUCUCAUUCCAGUAUGCCAAUAAAUGAAAUAAGUUGUUUGAGUGAUAGUAGAAACGUUGUGAAUAGUACAGACGGUAGUUUUUUAUUGGUACAAAGUGUGGAAGCUGAUGUUAACCAAUCUGGGCCAUCAUAUUUAUGCCUUUAAGUUUUUUUUUUAUUUUUAUAACAUUUGUUACUGUUUAAUAAAGCGUUUUAUUAAAA